UCUCUGUCGGUCUUCCAUGGAAGGCUAGCCAUCGUCCAUGGCGAGCGCUUCCGACGUCUUCCUCCUCGCUUCCCUCCCCUUCCUUCGUUCUCCUCCGCCGAUACCUUUCGCAUCCGGCGCUGGAUCCUCCUUCCCCAUGAACCCUGAUUUUUCUGAAUUUAGCGUCUCCGAGGCGUCUAUGGAGGAGACCGCCUCCGGCCCCUUCUCCUCGAGUCUCGGGUUGGAUUUCGAGAGGGAGGAAGAUGGGGAGUUCCUGGACCGCGAAUACGACUGGGCGGCCGACGAAUUUUUCGUCGGCAGGAGUAUGAGCUCCCCGUUCGCGUCGAUCGACUUCUCCCGGGCUCAUCCGACCGAUUCACAAAGCCUUCGCGUGACGGGGUUUGAGUCGGAUUCUGAUUCUGUCCACGAGCAGGUCUUAGCUUCUCUUAACGAAGGGGAAGAACAGGAUUCAGUCGCCGCUUCCGCUGAUCUGGAUCUGGGCGUUCCGCUUCCCUGGGAUUGCUUUCAAAUCGAAGGGAGCAGGAGAGAUUUCAGUGAGGAGUUCGAGUGGGAGGAGGUAGACGCUCGCAUCGAAGAAAGGGACGUGAUCAGUCUCACGGUUAUCGGCGACGAGGAGAGAUCCGAAGUGAUUCGAGAUCUCGACCACGACGAGGAAGAGUCUCGGGACGUCGGUUGGGAGGUGCUCAUGUCCGUCAACAACUUAGGUCACGACAUGGUGGAUCCCGACGACGCGGAGGCGUACUUCGUCGACGAAGAAGAGAGCUUAGGCGACGCCUCAGAUUCCGAGGUUUACGAAGUCCUUGUAGGGCAAUUCGCCGACGAUAGUGCCAUCAAGGUUAGCCCACCAGCAGCUAAAUCGGUGGUGGAGAGCCUCCCGUCGGUGCUCCUCACGGAGGAGGAGGUUGCCAAGGCCGACGCAGUAUGCGCAGUGUGCAAAGAUGGGAUCUUGGUGGACGAAAGAGUUAAGCGGCUUCCUUGCUCGCAUAUUUAUCACAACGAAUGCAUCCUGCCAUGGCUGGCGAUUCGAAACUCUUGCCCCCUCUGCCGGUUCGAGCUUCCAACCGACGAUCCCGAGUACGAGAACUGGAAAGGGAGGAGGGCAGCAGCGGCGGCUGGAAUUGGGAUCAUCUCCGACGAGUCACAGCACAGGUAUGAUUUUGAAGUGUUGCCUGUAGCUUAAAGUUCUCAAUUGCAGCAGUUCUAUGUGCAUACAUAGUUAAGAUGUGGCGUUGAGAUCUAUAUUAUAACUAAAUUUCUGUUGUUUAGCAACUAGCAAACAAAGUUUUCCCCCUCUUUUCUCAGGUAGUAAUGGGAAAUUUGAAUUAUUAAUAUGUUGUACGAGAAAACCAGUCUGAAUAUUGUGCCUUGUUAUGUAGCUUUUGCAGAAUUGGUCGAUGCAAAGGCACAUUUUUUUUAUAGAUGAUUGGCAUGCUUUAUUUA